CAUGCAGCCAGCGGCAAAGGUAGGGGAUCAGAUGGAGGAGACGAGGGCUCCCGGGUCAGGCAGGGCACUCUCGCACGAUGCACACCUACCUGAGAGCGACCGCCCGGCCUCUUCCCUCCCGCCCCCUGCGCCCCCUCUCUUCCUCUUUAUACCUCCGCCUCUCCCUCUCCUCGCUGCCACCAUCCUGUCUCUAUCCUUGUCCAGCCGUUUGUUUUCCAUAUAUCCUCGCGGCGUCUUAGUGCCCACUGCCGACCGGCCAUGGCGAAGCAGUCGUGCUGCUACAAGAAGAGGCUGAGGAGAGGGCUCUGGUCCCCGGAGGAGGACGAGAAGCUCAUGAACCACAUUGCCAUGUACGGCCACGGCUGCUGGAGCUCCGUUCCUAAGCUUGCAGGACUUGAGAGGUGUGGCAAGAGCUGCAGGCUGAGGUGGAUAAACUACCUGAGGCCAGAUCUCAAGCGGGGCACAUUCUCGCAGGAGGAGGAGGACCUCAUCAUACACCUCCAUUCCAUGAUAGGAAACAAGUGGUCACAGAUUGCAGCCCAGCUGCCCGGCCGGACGGACAACGAAGUCAAGAACUUCUGGAACUCGUACAUCAAGAAGAAGCUGAGGGAGCGCGGCAUCGACCCCGCCACCCACAAGCCGCUGGCCGAGGCCACCACGUCGCCCACCGCGUGCCGACCGGUCUUCAGCGAUGCCGAGCUCGUCCCAACGAUGACGGCGGCGCUGGCCCAGGACCAGGUGGUGAAAAUGCUGGAUAGCCUGAAGAUGCCGCUGGACUGGCCCGUCGGCGGUGUCGCCGGCAACGGGGUGCCCGAAUCCUACCAGGUACCGAUCCUUCAGGAAGGCCACAUGCUGCAGCAGCACUGCGGCACCUUCCCGUCCGUGUCGAGCUCCAGCACGUUGACCGCAACUGACGUUGGCACCACCCUGCCGUGGCUGGAGCUCGGACCGACCGACACCAUCUCCGGACACGUCGACCAAUAUGCCGGCGCUCUGGGCGAGCUCAGGUGGUCUGACUACUUUGACGGCGCCCUACAGGGGCAGUGCGUCUACGACAGCGGCAUGGUCGACGACGACGCGGUGCAGUUCGACGACGUCCAUGGGUUAAGCAACUGGUGCUAAUAGUACGUAUAAAUCAACUAAUCCAAUCAAAAGGCCAGUGAACUGAAAACUGCAACACUACUACAUCAUUGCAUGAAAGAUUAUAAAUUGAUAUGUACAGGCAAGACAAGGAUAUCGAUGGAUGGAUACUGGCUUAGCCUGAGGCUGAGAAACAAGAUACUUCUACAUUUUACUACACAUUGCAGUAUUAGCUGCUGCUGCUGCUACUAGUGAUAUAUUGAUAUAUACUUGUUUGUGUUGAGCUGAGCAUAAUUCGUCGUGUGGUAAUGAAAUCAGAAGUGUUUCGCCACACAUGUAAAUGACAGGAAAUGGUGGUUGUUAAAUAAAGAGUGCAUAAAUAAUAUUCCCUUCAUCCUAUAUUAUAGUGGCUGCACUCGCCGGUCGGCCUCGA